UGUUUCUGCCCCUGCUCUGUAAAGUUUCCAGAGAAAGGCUCUGCUUCAAACCAGACACGCUCUCCCUCUCGCCCGUCUGGCACUAGCUAGAUUCCUCUCUGCUCCAUCAGCUAACUGUCACAUUACUAUUAUUAGUUGAUUGCUCUCCAUGUGCCAUAGACGACCUAGGACCCGGCCACCGGGGGUAUAAAGCCUCCCCUCUGGCAGGGCAGGACUCCGCGGCGGGGGAGCGCUCUCGGCGCGGAUCUCGGUUCUCGCCAGCUCCGGUUCGGGGCCGGGCGCGGAGAGCGGCGGCGGCGGCGGCCGAGCCUGCGGCAGUUGCAGGUAGAAACUGAAAGCAAUCUUAAACAAUCCAGGUGCAGAACACAAUACAGUAGCCAUGAAUGACAUUGCACAGAAAACUGAGAUGAAGGAACUGCUUGGAUCUGAUGAAGACGAUGACACAAAAUCUAAAAUUGAAAAAGGCUAUGUUCCAAAGCUUAUAGGAACUGUUAAAGGCAAGUUUGCAGAAAUGGAGAAACAAAGGCAAGAAGAAGAAAGAAAACGAAUGGAAGAAGAAAGAAAGCGCAGAAUUGAACAAGAUAUGUUUGAGAAAAGAAAAAUUCAAAGAGAAUUAGCAAAGAAGGCCCAGGAGAUUGAUGACUUUAACAAUACGGGAACUGAAUCAGCAGCUGAGGAAGGGGAUGAUUCACUACUAGUUACAGUAGUGCCUGUAAAAGCCACCAAAACACCUGGGAAGAUGAAAAUAAACUUUGAGAACACAGGAAAGGAGAGAGCAGAACAAAGAGAGAGACAGGAUGAAGAAAUGAAGCUAAAAUAUGAGGAACGAACCCCAUCCCUUAAGGAAACCCAGUGCCUUUCAUUUGUCAUGGGUGAAAAUGAAGACAAUAAAACUCCAGAGUCUCUGUCUCCUGGUAAGCUGAAAGUGACAUUUGAAGAACUUGAAAGACAAAGACAGGAAAAUCAAAGGAGGCAAGCAGAGGAAGAAGCAAGACAGCGUUUAGAAGAGGAAAGACGUGCCUUUGAAGAAGCUAGGCAGCAAAUGAUAAAUGAAGGUGACGAUGAAGAAUGUGAAAAUUCUGUUAAAGAAUUCCGUCCUGGUAAACUCAGACUCAGUUUUGAGGAGAUAGAAAGACAAAGGAGAGAAGAGGAAAAGAGGAAAGCGGAGGAAGAUGCAAGACGACGCAUUGAAGAAGAAAAAAGAGCAUUUGCUGAAGCAAGGAAGAACAUGCAGGUGCUGGAUGAUGAAUCGCCAGAAAUGUUUAAAACAUUUUCUCAAGAAUCUCUUGUACCUGGUAAACUGGAAAUUAAUUUUGAGGAGUUGCUGAGACAAAAAAUGGAAGAAGAAAAGAGACGCACAGAAGAAGAGCGCAGGCAAAAGUUGGAAAUGGAGAAGCAAGAAUUUCAACAGUUGAGACAAGAAAUGGGAGAGCUGGAAGAAGAGUGUGAAACUUUCGAGCUAAGCAAAGAGUAUGAAGAAUUAAUAAAGCUAAAAAGAAGUGGUUCUAUUCAGGCAAAGAACUUAAAAAGCAAAUUUGAAAAAAUAGGACAGUUGUCUCAAGAAGAAAUACAGAGGAAGAUUGAAGAAGAGCGAGCAAAGAGAAGGGCAAUGGAUGAAGAAAUAAGAGAAAGGGAAGCUGAAAAAUUUCAAGAGGAUGAUGAGGUAGAUGUGAGACCAGCCAAGAAAUCUGAGGCUCCAUUUACUCAUAAAGUAAACAUGAAGGCCCGUUUUGAGCAAAUGGCAAGAGCCAGGGAAGAAGAGGAGCAGAGGAGAAUUGAAGAACAGAAGUUACUACGUAUGCAGUUUGAACAAAAAGAAAUUGAUGCAGCAUUACAGAAGAAAAGGGAAGAAGAAGAGGAGGAGGAGGGAAGCAUUAUUAAUGGUUCUACUUGCGAAGAUGAGGAGGAUCAAGCUCGAUCUGGAGCUCCCUGGUUCAAGAAGUCAUUGAAAAACACAUCAGUUGUUGAUGGCGAGCCAGUGAGAUUUACAGUUAAAAUUACUGGAGAACCAAAACCUGAAGUUACAUGGUGGUUUGAAGGAGAAAUGUUGCAGGACUCUGAGGACUAUCAGUAUAUUGAAAGAGGAGAAACCUAUUGCCUUUACUUGCCAGAAACCUUCCCAGAAGAUGAAGGGGAAUAUAUGUGUAAAGCAGUCAACAACAGAGGCACAUCUGCUAGCACUUGUAUUCUCACCAUUGAAAGUAAGAGUUAGCAUUUUCAUUUGCUUCAUUCUCAUUCUUCUUGCACCUUUCCUAUUAUGAAAUCUAAUUAUCUGUUUCUCUUACCCCUUUAUUUUCUAGCUGAUGACUACUAAUGCUCUACUUUAGCUGGAAUCUUUCUUCCCCUCAAAACUUUCUUACUGCAUCAUCUCUUUCUCUGAUGGGGCCAACUAAAGAAAGCAAGGAUAUGCAUUGUCAUUCCUGCACCAGAUAAGAAUAACCUUCAGUUGUGAGAGUGUCCAGGUUCCUUGCUCAGUACAGAAAUUGGUAUUAAAGUCUAAAAAGAAGGAAUCAGUGUAUGAAAGAUCAACUAAAGAAAAAAGCCAAAUUGUUAAUAGUGCUCCCACAUUUGAAGACCAACUGUUGUGUAAUAGUAUAAAGCUAAAUACACAAUCUGGAAACUUGUGUAGUAGUGUAAAUCUAUUGGUAUAUUUUGCAUGAACACUGAAUAUUUAAGCUGUUCUUCUUUAUCUCAGAAGCAUUGAACUGGCCAAAGGAAAUACUUAUUGAUGAUUUUCAAAAACUCCAGUGUACUAUUUUUAAAGAAUAAAAGAUUACAUAACUGCUCACUUUUGUUGUUUUGUUUUAAAGAGCAUUGGUUAUUUUGUUUUAAAAUGGGCUUGCUUGUUGAUGCCACUGAUAAUCCAAAACUAAAAACAGUCUCAGUAAGGCUUGCAGUAGUCUUCACAGUACCAACAUUUGCUUGUAAAACUGCUAAUUUUUUCAUUGCUUAAAUGAUACAGGAACAGUUGGUGACAGCUAUGACAGGCUCAUAUUUGAAGUUGAUGGGAAGCAAGCUUUAAGAACAUUAUUUUCAGAAAGUGCCUAACUUCUCAAUCUUUGUUCUUACUUAAUGCAAUAAAUUGCUGCAUCUCUAAACGUCAUCUUCUUAAGGCUACUGUUCUGUUUUUCUUUCUAAGACCUCUUGACAUCAACACUAAUGUCAUUCUGCUAACACCAUCUGAAUUUUUCAGCUUCUGCAGGAGUAAUUUCAUGAACAAUAGUCACAUUUUAAAUUAAAGAACAUGUGUAUAAGCCUUAACAUAAAGACAAGGUAGCUACAGCAAAUUAGAUUUAUGCAGUUGUUUCAGAAAGAAGUUUUCCUGUGGUUGAAUCUGCUGACUGCUCUUUGUACAGUCACCUACUGAAAAUUCCUCUUUUGCAUCAACAAAAGUUACAAAUUCAGAAACAUCUUGGAAAAAAAAAAUGGUAAUAAGCUGCAUGAUGUUUUGAAUAAAUAUUUAUCUUAAUAGC